AUCCAUGAAAGAUCGCGUUCUUUAUUAUAACAACAAAAUUUCAUAUUCGAUUUUCGCUUUUGUUUUGACACUGCCAUAAAGAUUGAAGCUCUCACCCAGUUUCGAAUCCAGUUUAAUAAAACCAGGCGAAUUUAUGCAUAAAUGAAGUGAUCGCCAGCAGAUCUAACGUCUACCGGCAGCACUACACCGAGUUUUGGAUAAAAACGGGUCGUUUUCUGCGAUUUCGGAAAAUCAGAGCUCUAGGAGGGGUAAAUUAAUAUUUUAAGCAAAUCAAAUUGAAAACGUGUUUGGCUAAAGUUGUUCAAGUUCAAAUUGCUGCAAAUUAUCACAAUGAUAUGUUUUGCCGUCUGAGUCUUUGCCUAUAAAAGCAAAUGCCGGUUAGGGCGCGCUUUUUAGUCUACUUCAAGAUAGUCGCCAACAUGAAGACGAUUUACGUGAGUUCCGACUGUUCUAGAAAGGGAAUCUUAUUCCCGACUAACGCCUUACAUGUUUUAUUCAGCUGCUCCUGCUCGUUACCCUCCUGGCCAUGGCAUAUGCUACCCCUGCACCUGUGCCAUCGCCUAAGCCCGCCGGAAAUGAUCCCACCGUGAGUGUGCUGCGCUACAGCAAUGAUCAGGAGCUGGAGGCCAUUCAGCGGGCCAUCAUUGCUCAGUACGAGCAAGUCGGGGGUACAACCCAGGUCCACGCUCCCCGUGUUGCACACAUUGUUAAUCCCUCCAACUUAAGAAUCAACAUUUAAUGCUCUCC